UGGCCGCGCCAGGUGGAGACCUCCUCACAGGCUGAGCUCGGCACCCGCUUCUUCCCCGCCGUCUUCUGUCUCGCUCGCCCCGAGCAUCGCAGCGAUACCUCGCCCCGGUGUCACAGUGGGACCCAGAGCGCCCGGAGCCACGGUAUCCUCCAGUGUGUGUGUCAGCCAGCAAUCACCGGGACUGAUGAGGUGUGGCUGAUCAAGUUAAAAAUAAGUUCCUUGCUUUUUAUUUUGCCAAGCGGAAAGAAUGUCGGAAAGGGCCGAGGAUGACGUCAGAGGGGAGCAGCGCCGAGCGGCCCGGCAGCAGCUGAAGCAGCAGCAGCAGCAGCAGCACAUCCAGCGGGGAGAAGCCUGCACAGCAAUGGCGACCGCUGCGGAGCGGAGAUCACUGCCUAGUCCCGAGAUCAUGCUGGGACAGCCUUGGAGCAGCUGGCUCGACGCCGCCAAACUCCACGGACACGACGGUGCUGAAUCGGAGGAAAGUUUCAAAGAGUUGGGGAAAAACCGAGAAGCCAUGCGUUUAUGUAUAGAAGACAUGCCCAUUUUUGGCCAGUGUCCUGCACAGGAUGAGUUCUACCUGGUGAUGUGCAGCCACUGUGGUCAUGUGGUGAAGCCACAAGCCUUCCAAGCACACUACGAGAGAAGACAUAGUUCAGCCAGCAAGCAAACCAUAGCGUCGCCCUUCUCUGUAAUGAGCAGAAACCGAAGCAGCGGCAGCGGGCUUGGGCCCGGGCUGGGCUCGGGGACGGCGGCUGGAGUGACGAGUGGAGCCACCGCUGGCCGACCGUCUGCUGCAGGCUCCAGUUUAUCCUCCUCUACAUCUUCCUCCAAUCCAAAACUCCUCAAAUCAGCCAAAGAGAAACUACAAGGCGUUCAGCGAAGACCCCCUUUUGCCCCAUUCAGGGUUCUACAACCAGACAAAAUCCUCACCCCAGCUGUUAAGGUGGAGAAGAUGCAUCUGAAGGUGGAUUCGUCAGCUAAGUUGGCGCAGGCUCCAUCUGCCCCCACCACCACCUCAUCCUCUUCUUCUACAUCCUCCUCUAGCACCACUGUGAGCUCCAAUGCGACCGCCAUCAUGACCACCUCGUCAUCAUCAUCCUCAUCAGCCCUUAAAGCAGGCCUUAACUGUCCCUCCAUACCAAAGCCUCCAUUGCUGGCCCCAGGUCAGAUUCCCAAUGGCAAGGGCCUCCUCUCAGACAAGAAGCUGGACAGCAGCAGCAGCAGUAGCAGACGCCACUUUAACAAGAAAGUGUCAGAGCGCGAGUUCAAUCCAGACGCUCACUGUGGAGUUAUGGAUGUGACUGCUCGGAAACCCUGCACAAGAUCUCUAACAUGCAAGACACAUUCCUUAAGCCAGCGGAGGGCGGUGCCAGGGCGCAGAAAGCGCUUUGACACAUUGCUGGCAGAGCACAAGAACAGAACAAGGGAGCGGGAGAGGGAACGCGAUGUCCACCAUACCCAUUCCCAGCAAAACGCCCCUCUCAGGGACCAACACCCCUCUUCCCACCUCGCCUCUGGCCACGACGCCUACCAGGUGGCUCACGGGAACAGCCCCGCCUCAGAUCCCUCCAAGCCUUUGCCAGUUGGAAAACCCAAAUUUCACAGUCCUGGUCUCCCACGACUAAACAGCAGUCAUGAAGGGGGUUCGUCUGGAGACUCUGCGGUGGUCCACGAGUCACCCCAGCAUCCCCAAGCUAUCCUUGGGGUUUUUUCCAGACCUUCCAGUGAUGAAGGUGAAAACGAGGAGCGUGAGGACACUGCUGACAAACUAGACUGUCACUAUUCAGGUUAUCACCCACGACCGGCAGCUUACUGUACCUUUGGAAGUCGACUGUUUGGGAGAGGCUAUUACUCCUUUGACAGGCGGUGGGACAGAGUGCGAUGUGCCCUAACCACGAUGAUGGAAAAGCAUGUGAACUCACAGAUGUGGAAGAAAAUCCCCUUGGCCUUGGAGAACUCCUCCUCUAGUGCACCUUCCCAUAGGACAAGCACAAAUUCCCACAGUAACACUCCCUCUUCAGGCUUCUUGGGCCCCCCUGCCAUUUUGUCCCAAACUCCUUAUAACCAAACUUACGAGGGCAAACCAGUGCUCUCCUACGGGACCACCUUAAACGCUUGCAGCUCCCCCCAGGGCGGGGCUGAGCACCCGGCCUACGGCACCACACAGGCCCGACAAGUGUCUUCGUCGCCACAGAUGCCUUCAGCCCACUUGUCCUCAUCCUCUACUCCUUCAACUCCUUCCUCAGCCUCAGGCCGGGCGCUUAAGUCCCGAUCCUCCAGCAGCAGCACUACCAAGUCAUCGUCCUUCAGGCCCAAGGAAACCUCCUCCGGUUCCUCAGCAUCUGUCACCCCCAACUCCAUAAGUGGAGGAAGUGCAGGAGAAAACAGUAACAGUAGCAGCAGUAGCUUCAGCUCCGGGAAGAAGAGGAAAAACAGCUCAGUCCUCUCUUUAUCGCAUGCUUCCUCCGAAUCAUCUCUAUCUAACGCCAGUUUCUCUUCCUCGUCCUCCUCCCCAUUCAAGAAAAAUUGUGCAAAUGUCAGCAGCUCAGGGAGCGCCUACCACCACACCUCAUUAGGUCUGUCGUCCUCGUCGUCGUCAUCCUUCUCCCACAGCGGAGUCCACAGCGUGGGGCUCAACUGCGGCCCCAGCGUGAGGACCAACUCGCUCAGUCUCAAGGCAGACCCUUCUGGUUCUGCCGGGGGCUCCUCGGGGCCCCCGUCACGGGGCCCGCCCUCGGGCAGCCCCGCCGAGUCCAUCAAGCGCAUGAGCGUGGUGAUGAACAGCAGCGACUCCACGCUCUCCCUGGGUCCGUUUGUCCACCGCCAGUCCUCGUCCGACCACCACACCAGCUUUAGCCACCACUCUUCAGACGGGCGCCUGGAGGGCAAGAAACGCAAAAGCUCUUCGGCCUCCGGCGGCAUUAACAGUGGAGGCGGGGGAGGAGGGAGGGGGGCGGGGCCCGGACCGGGCCGAUCCAAAGCGGCCAAGUCCCCGGCCAUCAACAACAUCCAUGGGAAGCACGGGCGGAGCAUUCCAGGGACACCAGGUCUACCCAACAACUCCCAUUUACAUCAGCCAAAAGCUCGUCCCUGACAACAGUGUCCCACUUCAGUGUACGAAACUGGCAGGUAGGAGGGGAAUAGUCCAGAGCAGUUCACACGCUGCGCUGGACUGCACGAGGCCUUCUAAAAAAAUCAAAUCCACAUAACUCUCAGCUACCCACAAUCCUCAGGGUGGAGAUGAUCUGGACUGGCAAGUGAAGUAGAUGUGGUCCUUACUAUUUCUCCCAAAGCCAUGUGUGUGUGCGCUUGCACCUGUGUGUGAAGGACGGGUGGACGGAGGGCACUGCAAGGGGACGGGGGGCAGGACGGGCGAGCCACGGACCCCCCCCCCCCACCCGAGUCCCGGCCCGGUAUUCGGAGAGGUCUUCCCGUGCGCUUGGAGGUCGAGGGAACAAUUUGCAACAGCCAUAGGUCUCUUGUCCUGUGGUUCAGGUUCAGGGCUGCUGCAACAAGCCGUCACUACGCCGAGCGGCCGGGGAGACGACAAGCAGAUCUCUUUGUGUAUGUUCAUGUAAGAAUGUGUGUGUUAACGUGUGCGUGUGUACAAAUAUUUUUCUCAUGUCAGAUUCUGCUGGACUACUGGAGUUUCUAACUUGAUAACAGCCCCAGCACCUGAUCUCAGAAGCCUUGCAAGGAGAGCAGGAGGAGGAACAAACUGUUAAUUGCAACACCUUAAAAACAACACAUUUUUCUUCUCGUUUCACUUUUUGUUAAGUCUUGACUGUUUUGUAACCUUUGGGUCACAGACAGUAGCCUGAGACAAGCCCAUGGGGACGACCUGGUGACUUCCUAUUACCCAGAUUAUUAUGCAAGUGUUACCUUUUUAUGAUUGCUUAUGAACCUUGUACACUGAACUAAGGACGUGGGGAAGACAGUUGUGCGUUCAAAUGUGAAAAGGGCGUCUGCUGCGCCCAUUCAAGGUGAAUCUUUCAUCAGAGACAGAGCCUGGUCCUGGGGGGGGGGGGAAACACCUGUUGAUUUCCAGAAUCCUUUCAUUGUGCAAAACGACAGCCACAGUAGACCUUCCCCCGACUGUGAACAGCACUAAAUAACUACUUUCUCCACACGCACUGCUUAGCUGUCCACAAAGCUAGUCGAAAGCUGCCAUAGCUUUUUGCCAAGAAACUUCUUUUAAAGGUGGAGGUGGAAGCUCAUGAAGCAGUGAUGGUGCAUUUGAUGGAUGAGGGAAAUCUGUGCAAGCUGUAUCGUUAUAGCUACACCUCACCUGGUUUCUGUCCCACACGGCUUUGUGAAAUCCUCACUUUUACGAGGACAGAUGUGAAGUGUAACAUUUUACUUUUCUUGUAUAGGAAAUCAGGUAUGGUACGUCUAAACUGGAACAAACUUGCACGUCACUCGUCUUCUUAGGGUUGGAUUGUCCCUCCUGUGUAUAACCACUACCCAACCUCAAGAUGUUGCUGCCUCACCGCAACACCGCGAUGAGAGGUUUGUCGUGGUAAGACAGGCAUUACGCUCUAUUCCUUCGUCAAAAUCGAGUCUUAAAUCAGGCGGUGCUUGCCCAUGUCGCGAGGAUGUUUGCUGGUUCUGGGCGAGUUUAAUGGUGCGAGAUUCAUGGAGAUGGCUUCACAGGACAUAUCUGAACCUUUGGCAACACUUGUUGAUCUAUGGAAAACCCCGCCCCCCCCACUGAUGUCAAAUUGUGUGGGAAAGUAGAGGAGGCUUUUUUUUUUCUUUUUAAAUUAAAGUCUUUAAUUUAGUUUUUUUUUCUCGUAGCCUAUGUAUCAAACAAGUAUUGAAGUUUCCCUAUUUGAGAAAACAUAUUUUGUUAAGAAAUUGUACAUAGUAAAGUAUGUAUUUUUGCACAGGCAUUUUUCAUACAAGCUGAAUUUUUGGUACAAUUUUGAAAGUCAUUAUUUAUUUAGUAAAUAAAGAUGAAAUGUCAGAGAACAUGACUAUUUGAAGUGGUCCACUGCCAAGUCUAUACAAUGCAAUACACAUAUAUGUAGAAGAUGAAGCAUCUCAUGAAUCGUGCGCUCUGAUCCUUUCGGGAGGAAAGACGUGUCGCCACUGUAGCAUGUGUCUGUAUGACAGGAUACCUUUAUUCACUUUUCAAGGUCUCAAUCACACGUGCUUUUACACGAUAGUUUAUGUUGCCUAUGACUCAACACAACAAAAACAAAACGCUAUUCUGUGACCCAGGUAGUCUGUCAUUUUGAAAUGUCACAGGCUGGAAGCUGGCUCCCAUUCGCUCGACGGUUCCCGUGGACGCUCCAAUCAUUCGCUGUGUAGACCGUAAACACGUCACGAUUUAAACACUUGUUCUCGAGAGGCUGAAGGGACUUAGCAAUCACUGCAAGAAAGAGGAACGCCUCAGUCAGACCAACUGCUUGCAUCCUAGUUGCCAAACAAGUAAUAUCACAGCUUUUAAAGAAUGGGGUUUAGCAGCUUUUAAAGGAAAUAUCAAAUUAAGAAAGUGCCUGAAUUUGCUUCACUCUCGACUGUUUGAAGACAGUAUUCUUCGGGUUGUUUUACCUUACUUGAAUGUUCAAAGUAUUUAGGAGUUUGGUUUUGAAUCUGCCUGUGAACCCUAAAUGUGGUAAAACCUGAGUUUGUCAGCCACCCACUAUGAAACACCCUCAGUUUUCCAGAUAAGACAGAUUGUUAGCCUUAGUGUGUGAUUUAAACUCUGGUUUACUGAAAUGUUUUUUUAACCCUCAGAACUCCACUGAUAUUAACUUUGUUUCUCGUAUAUGGAGGCAUUGUGAGGUUUUAAUUCGCACCACAGACUUGGAAUGUGAAUGUGCGGGAGAAUAAUGCUCACGUCUGGGAAGAGAAAAACAAAUCCACCUUUCAUGCUAUGUAAAAGUGUGUAUAGAUUUUUUUUUUCCCCCCUUUUUGUAUACAUUAUCAGAAUCAUUUUCAGCUGGACUUAUGUAUUGGCUGCUAUGUAAUUCAUGAACACCACAUAGGUUAGAAUUAAUAUUUAAAAAAAGAGAUUGUAUAGUAUAUUUGUUUUGUAACAAGUUUGUGUAAAUAAAAUAAUUUAUACUGCUAUUUAUAUGAAA